AAUGCGCAUGUGCAUGCUGAUUAGCUCCUAGGGAGUCGCAAGAGGUCUUCGAGGAGUCGGCGGCGGUCGCGACCCAUGAUGGGGCUUCAGCAAACCCAAUCCAGAGACCCAAGCUCACAGGCGAUAUCAAGCAGGAGCUAAUGAACAGGCUGCUGAGUGAUGCGGCCCACAAAACAGGCGUCGCUGGGCAGCAUGAGGAACAGCUUCAUCGAGACCCCAAGGAAUCGACUAACAAAUACCCCGGCCGGAAGCGUGCGCGCACGAAGUCCUCGGAUGGCCGUCCUCGCAAGCGCCUGCGUCCGGAUGAGAGCGCUGAACCCGAUGCUCACGCUCUGAGGGAAAUACUCGAGGAGGAGCUGGCAGAGAUCAAGAAUCAUCUAGACGAGCUUCGAGCGCACGAAACGUCGUUGUUCAUGCAGCUCACCACCGGCACCUUGCCCGCAUCAGCGCAGACGCAACAAGCGGCGCCUUCGUCCUCACCGCCUUUGCCAUGCUCGCAGGAGAGGAGCACGAUACCGCGCUCUCCCAACGAAAAAGCGACCUUGGAUCUCGCCGCUCGAGAGCGCGAGCUGUGCCUCGAACGCGCCGUGCGACUGGCAACAAAACAGACCUUGGAGGACGUGCAGCGAGAGAUCAAGUCUCCACACGUACUUUACAUGCUCAUGGGAGCAUUAGAGUGUCUCUGAUACUUCAACACCUACUUACUCACAUUGGCUCCUCGACUGUACACUGUAAGCUUUUUUCUCGUAUUUUCGCAGUUGCCAGAAGUUCAACUCUCAGCCACGUGACAAGUCUCGCACCGGAAGUUGCCGAAAGGUCACGGAACCGAAUUAGUUCCUUUUUUUCGUUCAUUCUUUGCCCUUAACCAUGAUC